AUGAAUAUAAGAAUUCUUGCAGCUGUGGCUGCAGCUGCUGCAACUGAGACUGCACCUGUGGCUGCAGCUGCUGCAACUGAGACUGCACCUGUGGCUGCAGAAGCAGCAGCUGCAACUGAGCCUGCUCUUGUUGUUGCAGCAUCUGCAACUGAGCUUGCUGCUGUGCUUGCAGCAGCUGGAACUGAGCCUGCUGCUGGGGCUGCAGAAGCAGCACCUGAGCCUGCUGCUGUGGCUGCAACUGACCCUGCUCCUGUGGUUGCAGAAGCAGCAGCUGCAACUGGGCCUGCUGCUGUGGCUGCAACUGAGCCUGCUGCUGUGGUUGCAGAAGCAGCAGCGGCAACUGGGCCUGCUGCUGUGCUUGCAACUGAGCCUGUUGCUGUGGUUGCAGCAGCUGCAACUGAGCCUGCUGCUGUGGCUGCAGCAGCUGCAACUGAGCUUGCUCUUGUGGCUGAAGAAGCAGAAGCUGCAACUGGGCUUGCUCCUGCAGCUGCAGAAGAAGCAACUUCAACUGAGGCUGUUGCUGGGGCUGCAGCAAUAACUGAACCUGCUGCUGUGGCCGUGAUUGUGGCUGCUUAUGCAGCCGCAGUUGAUUCACCUGCAGUUUCAACGUGGUCUUCUGCUGUGACUUCAUAUGAAGCUGCCGCUGUUGCUGUGGCUGCUCGUGCUGCAACUGUGAUUGUGGCUGCUGCUGUGGGUGCAAAAUUACAGAGCGAGGUGGAGUCUUCACUGUCACAGGACAUGAAUUAUUAUUAA